UUGAAAUCCCAACCAGACCCUCCUGGUUUAUCUUCUGCCCCUUUCCCGAAAACUCCGUCCUCACACUCUCUAGAAACCUCCAUCUGCUUCCAUUCCCCAAGAACUGGCUAACUCUACGGCAAGUCUGGACGCUGAUUCCAGCAACCAUAAGCUGGUUCUCAAGCUAUAUGAGGCCUUAAGCUCGGGAGACUCCGACACCGUCGUCAAGCUCGUCGCACCUGAUCUAGAGUGGUGGUUCCAUGGUCCUCCGUCCGACCAGUAUUUGAUGCGCAUGCUCACCGGUGAACACUCGUCGGAUACCUUCCGGUUUGUUCCCCAAUCGAUCGCCUCCUUUGGGCCAAUCGUCAUCGUCGAGGGCUGCGACCACAGCCGCUCGAUCUCGUGGAUUCACGCCUGCACCGUCACUGAUGGGGUAAUCACCCAAAUCAGGGAGUACUUCAACACUUCCCUCACCGUCACCCGCAUCGGCGAUUCCAGCUCGUCUCCGACGUCGGAGAUCACUGCCGUUGCGGACGCGCUUCCUUCCUGCGUGUGGGAAAGCAGCCUCUCGCACCGGGUCGGAAAAUCCGUGCCGGGACUCGUCCUGGCGAUUUAAAUACGCGUGACAGUCACGUGCAGCCAUAUUAAUAAUUCAAUAUAAUAAAUAAAGGACUGCACCGUGCCUACGUGUCUGUCUCUGACUCGCUUGGCUCGCGGACACGACCUUGUGGUGUAUCGUGGACCGGGAGAGAUGUGAGACCCUACCAGUUUCGUCGUUGUCUCGUUGGUGUGUUUUCAGGUUCCGCAUUUCCGGUUGUUUGGUUAUAUUGUAGUUUUCCGUUAGUUUGGGGGUUGUUUGGAACGAAGAUGGGGGUUUCCCGGAUAUCGUAUCCUCACGAACGUGUAAUCUGGUAUUUGGAUGGUCCAAUAAUAAAAUGCGCGUGUGAUUGCUUUACUA